AUGGCGAUACCUCCGGCUGCGCCGUCUUCUGUGCAGCACUCACCUGCGUCCAGGUCGACAGCGUCCCCAUGCCCGGAGGGCCCACUGCCGGCGGAGCUGCGGGCGAAACCUAUCUUUGUUGUUGGGGCAGGCGGCAUAGGCUGCGAGGUGCUGAAGGUUCUCGUGCUGAGCGGCUUCACGCAGGUCCACCUCAUCGACCUCGACACGAUCGACGCGACGAACCUCAAUCGACAGUUUCUCUUCCGAGUGGCAGAUGUCGGGAACUCAAAGGCAGACACGGCCCGCCGCGCCGUGCUUGACUGGUUCGCGGCAGCCGAUGACCCGGCACCCGAGCAUGUCAGUGCUCUCCGUGGCCGUCGUACGCCGCCGAGCAUUGUUGCGUACCACGACAACGUCAAGGCAGAUCGAUACGACGACGCCUUUUACCGGCAGUUCGCCGUGGUGCUGAGCGCGCUGGACAACGUGUCGGCACGACAGCAUGUGAACCGCAUGUGCAUGCGCAACAACAUCCCCCUCAUCGAGAGCGGCACGAUGGGGUACAACGGGCAGGUGCAGCCCAUCCUCAAGAACGUGUUCGAGUGCUACGACUGCCAGCCAAAGCCACCCGAGACGAAGACGUUCGCUGUCUGCACCAUUCACGCGCGCCCGACGACGAUGGUGCACUGCGUGCACUACGCCAAGGAGCUGUACGAAGUUCUCUUUGGCAGCGACUCGUCGGAGAUGGAUGGCAAGGGCGCGAGCGCCAUCUCCGAUGCUGGUGCCGCGGCCGAGGCCGGCAACGGCUCUGCUACGGCUUUGCAAGCGGAUAAGCAGCAGCACGGCGCAACAAGGCCGAGUGAGGGAGGUGAGCUGUCUUACCUGCGCACCAUGGUGUCUGACUGGCGACGCCGCCAGCUUCCCGCGACGUCGUCUACGCUUGACCACAAUGAUGGUGAUGACCGUAGUGGCCGUGAAGGCAGCCGUGCUUCGUGUGCUGCUGCCCUCGCUGUCGAGCUGCUGCGCCUGCUCUUCGUGACCAAAGUCGAGGAGCUCCUGUCUUUGAAGUCGUCCUGGCCAACGGAGCCGCCGGAGCCGCUGAGUCGACGCGAUGUCGAUCGCGUUGCGGCGGCGCACAUGUCCGCGAAUGCCACCGGCGCAUCAUCGGCGCCGCUAUCGGGGGAUCAUGUGCUGUCGGUGCAGGACUGCAUGGAACUGUUCGUCCGAUCGGUGACGCAGUGCCUUGCUCGUCCAACCGGGUUGGCCUUCCGGAAGGAGGACGACGCAGCGACUUCUUUCGUCAGCGCCACCGCAAACAUGCGCGCGCACGUGUUCCACAUCGCGGAGCAGUCGCUCGAGGACGUGCGGAGCAUUGCCGGCUCCAUUAUUCCGGCUAUCGCCACGACCAACGCGACGAUCGCCGGGGCCGUGGUGCACGAGUUGAUCUCGCUACUGCGCAGCAGCAGCAGCAUCUCCCAGCCAGCGAGCACGAGUGCUGCUCAGCCGGCACCACUGUCGCAGGCAGAGGUGACAGACGUGUCAGCCUCCGCGUCCAUGCAGACAUCGCCCCGCGGGCGCGUUGUGUACGCCCGCAAGGUGCCACAGGUGCGCCGCCGCCGAGUGCCGUUGUCGCCAGGCCAGCGACACACUACCCCCGCUCUCUUCAUGGAAUACGUCGGUGACGGCGCAACUUCGGCGAACGAGAGCACCUCGCCGUCUGCUGACCACUGUGCGCCGCUGCAGGCGGCACUGGCGUUGGUAGGCGCUGAGCGCAGCACCGCAUAUCUUCUCCGUAUGUCCGGCGUCGCAGAAGGCGGCGGCAAGGCGGGGGGAAGUGUAGCCGUGAUGGACCACUACCUUGUGCACAGCACCGCGCCGAACCCACCGAACCGCCUGCACUGCCGCGUCUGCCAGGACGUGCAUCCAGAAGUGCGCGUUACGCUCGAUCUUCGCUCUUCAACGCUCGGCCAGCUUGUCCAUCUUGUCCUCGAGAGUGCCUUGAAGUUGGAGGCUCCGUCAGUCAGUUAUGGGCCCACCGUGUUGUACGAGGAUGAAGACUACGAAGUGCUGGCUGACCACAUUCUCGCGGAGGUGCUGCGGCUUCCACCUGCCGAGGCCGGUUGGGUCGCCCACCAACGUCAGAGCUACACUCUCACCGCUGACGCGCUCAACAAGGACGUACCAUGGAGUGUAGUGCUGACACAUGACGACAAGGGGGCCGCGGCACCGGCGCCGUCACCGUCAACCGUGUUCUUCCAGAUCUCCGGACUAGAGGAGGCAGAGGCGGCCGAAGAGAGAGCCUUGGCCCGUCUCGCGGCGCAGCAAGCGCAACAAGAGCCGCCUGAUGCAGAAGACGAGAACGGAGCCCUCGGCGCGCCGCCAGGAACGACAGGCCUCGCUUCCUCAGCAGCGACCACGACUACGCCGGUGGCGGUGGAGCUCAUUGUAUCAGAUGACGACGAGGUGCUGGACAUGACGCCUGCAAUGAAUGCUCCAUCGAACGUUGCGGCAGGGGAAGACAUUGUGCUGCUGGACUAG